AUGCCUCUCAUUGGACUGGGGUGCUGGAUGGGUGUGCCGGGUGGAGGACAACGCGUGUACGAUAUGUGCAAGAAAGCCAUAGCGAUAGGUUAUAGGCACAUUGACACCGCGGCUGGUUACGCCAACGAGGAGCAAGUCGGACAAGCCAUCCGCGACUCCGGCAUCCCGCGCAAAGAGUUCUUCGUGACUACCAAACUUGCCAAUACGGACCACCAUGACGUACCGAGAGCGCUUGACACUUCGCUCUCCAAGCUCGGAAUGGACUACGUGGAUCUAUAUCUUGUCCACUGGCCUCAGGCUUCACUCGACGGGCGCGCAUUAGCUCCCGACGAGCAUCCUACGAUCAAUGAUACGUGGGAGGGCAUGGAGAAGGUGUAUAAAGACGGGAAAGCGAAGGCCAUUGGCGUCAGCAACUUCAGCAUUCGGACGUUGGAGGAACUCGAAAAGACGUGGACGAUCGUACCCAGCGUCAACCAAGUCGAGAUGCACCCAUUCUUACCGUGGAAUGAGCUCAAGAUACACUGCGACCUCAAAAUGAUCCACUUGACCGCGUACUCGCCCAUCGGUCGACCAAACUCAGGAUCCAAAGCGCCUUCGCUUUUGCAGAACGAGACAAUUGUGAGCGUCGCGGAGAAGUAUGGCGUGACCGCGAGCCAGGUUCUACUCAGCUGGAGCGUACAGCGCGGCUCUAGCGUGAUCCCCAAGAGCGAGAAUGAGGAGCGCUUGCGCCAGAACAUCACCAUCUUGCGGAUGGAGGACCCGGACUUGAAGGCUAUAAAUGAGCUAUACAAGCAACCGGGGUUGCACCGCUCGGUCCUGACCUAUCACAAGGAGGGAGGCAUCUUCGGCUGGACGUAUGAGCAGCUCGGAUGGCCGUUCAAUGGCGAGGGAGUCGUCGUCAACGCAUAG